AGAGCUAUGAGGGAGAAGGGGGGAAUUUUGAAAAUGAGAAUUUAAAAGAACGUGAAGGAGACAAGAACAGGAAGAGAGAAAAAAACUGUGUAGGAAAUGAGAAUACAAAGGCAGAAGUGCAAGUGGUUGGUGUUAAACAAUGUCAUGAGAGAGAGCAAUGGAGGUGUGCAGGCAGGAAUGAAAGCGAGUUUGAUUCAGUAGACAACAAAUAUAAGCUACUUGUGAGAGAGAGAAGGAGGCGAUUUAGGUUGAUGAAAAGAAGCAGAUAGUUAAAAAGCAAGUUAAACAUUGGAUACUGUGUACAGCUGGAAUAUGGGUGAGUCCAGUAUCUGCCAGGUGAGGGCAGAAGUCAUGCUGUACGAUGAUACCAGGAAGCGCUGGGUGCCAGCGGGAUCUGAUAUUCUUUCCUUCAGUCGUGUCCAAAUCUAUCACAACCCUGUGGCCAACACCUUCAGAGUGGUGGGCCGCAAAAUGCAGGCCGACCAGCAGGUGGUGAUCAACUGUCCCAUUAUCAAAGGGAUGAAGUAUAAUCAAGCCUCACCAAACUUCCACCAGUGGCGGGAUCCCAGACAGGUGUGGGGGCUGAACUUUGGCAGUAAAGAGGAUGCUGCUCUUUUUGCAAACUCCAUGAUGCAUGCAUUAGAGGCUCUCAAUGCACCAGUGGGCACAGUCUCAGCUCAGAAUGGACCCUCUGCACAGGAGCUGGAACACCAGAAAAGACUAGAGCACCAGAGGCAGAAACAGCAGGAGAAUGAGCAUCUGGAGAGAGAGAGGCAGGCCUCUGCUGCUGCGUCUGCCCCUCCUGCUCCUCCUGCCCCACCCACCCCACCAGCACCCCCACCGCCUCCAGGCCCACCACCUUCAUCUGGACCAUGCCCACCUGCACCUCCACCACCUCCUCUUGGGGGCUUGGCCCCAAAUGCACCACCCCUGCCCCCCACAGGAGGAAGUGGAGGUGGGGGGGGGGGCAAUCUGGCUGCAGCUCUGUCAGGGACCAAACUGCGUAAAACAGUCAAGGAUGAGGGAGGAGCAGAAGCCCCAGCCCCCAAACCAACAUCCUCAUCUGGUGGAGGUGGAGGAGGUGGAGGAGGUGAUCUGAUGGGAGAAAUGAGUGCCAUCCUUGCUAGGAGGAGGAAAGCUGCUGACAAUCCUGCUGCAAGAAAGGAAGAACCUCGCAAUGAGCCUGACUCCUCAGUAUCAAAAUCCUCAGGACCAGGAGAUAUCAAUGAAAAUCCCAAGGAAAAAUCUGCCACCAUGCCAAGGUCAAAAUCUUUAUCCAACAAUCAAAGGGACUCCAACCCAAGUCCCAGCUCCUCCUCUUCUCCUUCCUCUAACUCUUCCAGUACUCCAGUAUCCAGGAUGAAGGUGGUGAAAAAGAACUCAGAUGGUGCAGGAAGUGAUAUUGAUACAGAGCAAAUGAAACAGGAAAUUCUUGAAGAAGUGAAAAAGGAGCUUCACAAAGUGAAGGAGGAGAUUAUCACAGCACUUAUCAAGGAGCUUCAAAGUGCACAACUAAAAGGUGAAGACUCCUGAAAGACUGGAGAAUGGAUCGGGAGAAUAAUGAAUAGAUGAAAAGGUUUUAUUGUCCAGUGCUUAGGCAAUUUCGUAUUUUUACCCCAUUGAAAUUAUAUGUUAUUUUAACAAAAUAGAAAUAUGCAAUCUCAAUUGGUUCACCUCUAUUUAUCAUUGUGUCUUUUUCAUAUUUUCUAGUGGUACUGUUUAAAGCCAGGCCACUCUUUUCCUAGUUAAAAAAAUAAUGAAAAAAAUUAAAAAAAAUUAAAAAACCCCAAUUGAUGCUGGAUUUGUGAGUUUGAUAUAUUGAUAUUUAAGAGUUACAAAAUUCUGAUUACAAUAUAUCUGCCAAUAAUCAUUCUUCUACAUGAACACAUAACAUCCACAACCAUUUUUGAUAAGAAUGUGUCAAAUUCCUUUCAAAUACCAAAUACUGCAGUACAGUAUUUGCAACAGCUAGCAAUUAUACCCAAUAUCAAAAUUUAUCAUUGGAUGGAAACACACACACACACACACACACACACACACACACACACACACACACACACACACACACACACACACACACACGCACACACACACACAUACAAGUAUGCAUUUUAGUGUUGUAGAUGGUUGAGGUAUUCAGCUGGGCAGUCUAAUUUAUAACAGUGCAUUAUAUUGCAUGUUGUUUUGGGUGUAAAAUUUUAAUCCACAAAGUAACUAAUAAUAUAGUGUAGCUGUCAAAUAAGUGCCUCAAAUUUUGAUUUUUGUGUGGUAUUUGAGUAAAUGUACUUAGUUCCUGGCUUGUCCUGAAUUAUUUCAUGUCUCUCACUUUCAUAACCACACAAUGUGCAUUUAUUUUAAGCAUUAUUUUUAAGCAUUUAGCAUUUAGCUCCAAAAACCUAUUAAGAAAUAAGAGAAAAAAAUCUGUACAUGCUGCUCUGCUUCAGUAUGUGAUAACUGUUAUGUUACACUUUAGUCUGUUUUUUUGUUGUUUAUGUAAAUAAUGAAAAUGGUUACUUAAACUGAACUUAAUUUUUUAAGAAGUAAAAUUUAUUGCAAUAACUUGGUUUGUGUUUACGUUGGAAAUAGUGUGAAAACGGUUUGAGAAAAUGCUGCAAGUAAAACAAUACCUUUUGCAAGAUACAUCUGAUCCUUGGUUGCCUUUUUCGAUACAGUAAGUUAGGUGGAGCAAAAAGGAAGAAGUUGCUGACAUAUUGUAAGAACAUAUAUAAAACUUUUUUUAUCCCUGGGGGGAAAUUUAAGUGUUAUAGUAUUUCAUAGACAGAAUCCACAUAGUUACAUGAAACAGGAUACAGAUAAGUAGAAAAGAAACUAUAUAAAUAAUUUUAAGUUAGAGAGCUACAUAACAAUUUGAUAGACCAGAGUCAAACUGUCAAUAGGUCUUUAUAUACACCGAUUAGCCACAACAUUAAAACCACUUACUGGUUUUAAUGUUCUGGCUGAAGGUGUGUAUGUAUAUAUAAAUAUGUACACAAUGUUCUGUCAAAACAUAAUUUUAGAAUGUAAAAUUUAGUUGAAAGCAAAGCCGUGUCAAAAAGAUUUAUACCUAUUUAAAGAAAUCUGACAUGUCCUAUGCUUGAGGGCAAAAUGAAACAUAAUAAAUAUAAACAAAUUUAAGAAAGUCUGUACAAUCUAAAACCUAAGCAUAUUUCAGCCUCUUUUUUCAACAUAACGUAAUUACUGUAUGAAGCUUCAAUGUGAUUUUUAAUAAUAAUAUAAAACAUUAUUUACAUCAGAGUUUUUUAAGUUUUCAUUAAACCCUGUGCAUAAGACAAAGGUAGAAAGCCAUUUUACUCUUGAUUCCCUUAUUGUUGUGAAAGGAUGUUAGACAUCCUAGUUACAAACCUUAACACUGUUUAAAACUCACUUUCAGAUUGGUAAAACCUUUAUUUUAUUUUGCAAAAACAAAUACAAUUGUGAUUUUACUGCGUUUUCUCCAUCCAAUCAACAAUUACACAAGGUCAGUCUUAAAAAUUCCCAUAUUGAGCUGGAUUUAUACCUCUGCUUUAAGGGGCUAUAUGCCGUACCUACUAAUGAUAUUUAAAGCAGUUCUUUUCAAUGCCCCGAGUCACUAGAAUCAUUUAAUUCAAAAGAUUAAUUCAAAAGAUUCGUUUAUUGAAUCAUUCAGUGCUUGACUGGAGCUCAGACUGCCUAUCGGAACUGAAACACAGCCAAGUGGUGUAUAUUCCCCAAGAUCCCUGGUGCCCGGAACAGAAGUGCUGUUGCUUUGACAAUCACGGCAAACUCUGUUUAUACUUAUGAUAUUUUAAAAGUUUCCUCACUGAAUAUCGGAGGUGAACGCUGGUUUUUAAUGUCUUUAAGACUUUUUCACUGAUCUACAGUUAGGCAUUACUUUUAAACUUGCUGGGCCUGAUUCCGGCAAUAUGAGCCACUGGCUCACCCAGGGCUUACAUUCACUGUGUAGUAACGAAUCACUGAACAUGCACUGUUCCCUCACAGUGAAAGGAUCUUAGACAGUUUUCAGCCAGAGCAUCCUAAUAUACUGUAAAAUCAGAUUUAGUUUAGCAGGCUAUUUGAUCAAGCAGCCCAUAUAGUAAAAGCUUAAUUAAUUUUUUUUUUUUUUUUACCAUACCUUAGGACUAUGAACAUUUAUUUUGUACUUGAUUGGUAUAAUUUUUCAGCUUUGCCAGUUUUUGCUCCGCUAUUCAUAUUAUGUUCUGCCAUUCAUAUAUUCAUUGCCAUUCUUCUAUUCUGAGAAUAGGGACAUGUCCUUACCACUGUCAAAGUGUUGCUGAAUUGUUCCUUUUAAAAUAUUUACUCAUCUCAAACAAUCUUGCAUUUUACUCCCCCUCUGUGUUAAAGGUGUUGUGCCGUACUAAGCAACCCUAGCGUGAAAAGCACCACUGUCACGGGGACAAGCAUGUGAAAAUAAAACUACAACCAUAUAUACAAAUAAUAACCACAAGACCUUUUAAUAAUUUAUAAACUGAGUAAAUUUAAAAAGGGAAAGAAAAGAAAUUACUCAUAUUUUGAUGCACAAUUUCCUACGAAUAACAACCUACACAAAUCAAUAUCAUUCUCAUUCCACAUCACAUUCUGUUUAAAGUCCAGUUAUAGUUUAUAAGUAAAUAGAAUAGAAUAUAUUUAUAUCUAUAGUUUUUAUGUUUAUUACAUUUAUUUCCUGUAUCUAUAGUUCUAUAUUUUAUGAAUUCUCUAUAUAGUUUAUUCUUGCAGGCAUUUUGUAUCCCCUUUGUGAUCCACAGCCUAAUAAUUGUGCUUUCUCAUGUGUUGUUUUAUUGCACAGUUUUUGUCAUAUAAGACCUAGAUAUUUUUAGAAAUGUUUCAUAGGCUUUGUCAGUAUCUUCUUUUUCAUAUAUUCUUUUCCAGUUUUGUGUUAAUGAUUCAUCUCUAAAUGCACUAAUGGAUUCCUCCGUACACACCUGUAUUUUAAUUUAUUGGCAUCCUUAUCCUUCCAAUGAUCACUGUCAUAGAUCACAAAAACUGGCAAAUGGUCACUGAUGUAAUUUAUUACUGUGUUGUUUUCCAUAAUAUUUGUAAAUGUAUUGUCUAUGAGUGGAACAGUGUAAUGUCAUUCUGCUUGGUCUACUGAUCACUGGAUAUAAACUCAUAGUAUACAUUGCAUCAAUUAACUCAUCAGUCAUUUUGUGCUUAUUAGGAUUUAACAGGCCUGUGUUGAA